CGUGCACACGAUCUGAUCAAGCUCCACCACCACCUGGAGAAGAGCAGACACUAACGCGUGAUCAUCUCCGCGCCGCACCUUUGGGAGGCGAACAGUUUAAGCUCAUCCUUCAACGGUAACAGACACGCGUGGCUUGUGCAUUGCUGUAAAGUGAUUCGCGAUACUUAGACGAAGCUUAGAACCAUGUUGUCGCGUGGAAAGAUCGCUACCGCGAUCGUGCUCUGUACGAUGGCACUGUUCUAUCACGCACAGAGUCAAUCGUGUCCGGAGAAAAAUGGUCGCUAUCCCGUCCCCGACCAGUGUGACGCAUACAUCGAGUGUGUGGACGGUGAGCCACGGCGACAGCUCUGCCCGGACGGGUUGCUGUUCAACGACAAGGUGUCGCUCUUCACCUACCCCUGCCAGUAUCCGAUCGACGUCGACUGUGGUAGCCGUACGCGCACGCAACCCCCCAUCCCUACGGAGGACUGUCCGCAUCAGUUCGGCUACUACAAGGUCGGUGAUCGGGCCAACUGUGGACAGUUUAAGAACUGUGCCGGUGGUACCGCCUAUGUGCUUGACUGCCCCACCGGGCUAGCCUUCAAUUCGGCCACGUAUCAGUGCGAUUGGCCCGAUCUGGUGGAGGACUGCGAUGCGGAGGCGUACCUGGGCUUCAAGUGUCCGGCGCAGGCGCAGGGUCUGGUGCAGCCGGUACGCUUCUUCCGCGCCCCGAACGACUGCCAGAAGUACUUCCUGUGCGUGGACGAUAGGCCGCGGGUGAACUUCUGCGGACCGGAGCAAGCGUUCAACGAGCUGGUCAAUGCGUGCGACGGUGUCGCCAACGUGACCGGAUGUGCUUAGGGCCGCUUCACAGUGUGGACAUCUACUUUCUAAUACUCGAUUUACGAUGACUUAUUAGGAUUAAUAACAACACAAAAAGAAGGAUGUAGUUGACACCUCACGAUCGCAGCAGCAGUAUGAAUAAAGCUCACGAUCACCAAGAGAA